GCAAGCAAUCAUUACUAUACGAAACCUUAUAGUUAGUGCACGCUUGCAUCUAGCUACAAUUAUGCAGGGAUACUAUUUAUUUAUUUUAUUUUAUUUCAAAUCCAUCCUAUAUGUAGAUGGACAACAGCAAAAUAAAUUCUUUCGAAAAGAUUACAAAUAUAUGGAAGAAACGAGGAGUUUCUACAAAAUACAUACGAUGUACAGAUCAUGGGAGAAAGCAAAAGCAAAAUGUGCUCUCGAAGGUGCAAGAUUAUUCUAUGCCGAAGAUGAGAAUGAAGUUGACGUUGUUCUUGAUCAUUUGAAUAACACACAGCCUACGUUCGGAUGGGUGUACGUAGGUAUAUCAUCGCAUCUUGCUAAAGGAGUGUUCAAGACUAUUGACGGGGUCGCAGUUAGAGAUGUUUACAACGUAUGGGGUCCUGGAGAACCGAAUGAUAACAAUGGUGAAGAAAACUGCGUCAUACUGCGCAGAGACGGAACACUAAAUGAUGAGAAAUGCUCCAAUAGGUAUCCGUUUAUUUGCAAGAAAACUUUGCAGUCCCUGAAAUGGAACGAAGAAUGCAACACACCAUAUUUAGAUUACAAAUACAACGCAGAUCUGGGCAGAUGUUACAAGUUCCAUUUACAUCCGCUGACAUGGAGAGACGCGGUGGAGGCAUGCGAUGCUGAAUUGGCAUCCCUGACCAUGAUAAACUCGCAGGAAGAGGCGGCCCACCUCGUUAAUAUCACUGCAAGCGCGCCCAAAGACGAAGUACACGGGUCGUAUUUACGAGGCGCUGUACAUUUAGGCUUCAACUACGAUAAAUUUAAACAGGAUUGGAGAACAUUCACAGGUGAUACACUGGAGGAGGCAGGCUACGCGGUGUGGGGAGGAGGCCAGCCCGACGGUGGAGAGAACGAGAGAUGUGGCUCAAUGUUCUACGAUGGAACUCUUAAUGACAUCGGCUGCGAGACUCACAAAUGUUUUUUCAUAUGUGAAAAAUAUAUAACACCACAUUUAGUUGAUGAUAAAAUCAAUGAAGUGCAAAAUUAACCAAAAAUAUGUCUGUUAUCAGUUAUUUUGUAUUAAUAUUAACACUGUAUGAUAAGAUUGAAAGUUCACGCCAACUUUUAGCGUGCGCGUAUUCGUAGAUGGGGCUUACUGCAAUUUGAACUAAUCACACGGAGGUAUGGGUGGUCCUACUCUACUUGCCUUUACUUUUUGCCAAAACCUAAAAUAGUGGUAAUAUUAGCGCGAACUUACGAGCCGCUAUAAAGUUUGGAUCAGCAUAUACUUUCUACAUUCUACUAACUUAUUUUAAUAAAUCGUUAUGUCCCUA